CUCUCAAUGAGAUUGCUCUGAAGGAGGAAGUCAAAUAGUUUUCUCAUCAGAGACUGACGGUGACAGACACGCAGACAGAUAGGACAGUGGAGAGGAGACAGGAAACAGGGAGAGAAUGGGGAACGACAUGCAGUAGGGAUCUGGCUGGACCAGGAGUCGAUCCAGGGACCAGCUGCUCGAGACACUUGGGCCCAUGUGGAGGUUUGACUUGUGAUUUUCAACAAUACGAUCAGGGAAAAUACAUCCACCUGCACACUGCACGUGUGAUUCAAUACCUGCUGACUCUCAGAACAUCCAGAACCAUGAAUGUCACCUCAGAUACCAACAACUCGUCUCUCUGCAAUGCCUCCGACACCUCGGCCCAUGUUUUCUUCAUCUUUUUCUACAGUCUGGUGUUUCUGGUGGGUUUGAUCCUGAAUGGUUUCACCCUGAAGGUUUACUUCUGCAGAGGUCAGCAGCUGACGUCCAGCAGCGUCACCAUCUACCUGAAGAACCUGGCAGCCUCCGACUUCCUCAUCAGCCUCUGCCUCCCCUUACGAAUCCUCAACUACGCCAGCAGCUCCGUCUCUGUCCGUCAGGUCUACUGCAAUUUCGGGGCCUCUGCCUUUUACCUCAACAUGUACGCCAGCAUCCUGUUCAUGGGCUACAUCGCAGCUAACAGGUAUCUGAAAAUCGUCCAUCCUUUGGGAACUCACAUCCUGCAGACGGCACGAGCCGCUCAAAUCAUCUCUGUGGCAACCUGGGUUUUCCUCCUGGCCAUGACGACCACCUACAUGCUGCUGUCUAUCCUCACCCAGGAAUCACCGCAGACUGUCUCCGUCACAGUGAGCUGCGACCUCCUGCACAGUAAACAACUCAGCCUGUUCUACAAGACUAUCCACUGCUGCUCCGCCGUCAUCUUCCUGGUCGUCCUCAUCUCCCUGGUCGUCUUCUACUCCAGCACGUCCCGCAGGCUGUCGCUGGCACAGAAGAGGCAGUCGGCCUCCACCAGCUCCAAGAAACUCGCCAAGUCACGCCGGAAUAUGCUGGUGCUGGUCAGCGUCUUCUGCAUUUGCUUCGUGCCUUACCACCUGGUUCGUCUUCCCUACGCCUUCCUGAAGCGGCAGUGCUCGUGGAACCAGGCGUUUUUCUACCUGAAGGAACUGACCAUCAUGGUAUCAGUUCUCAACGUUUGCCUGGACCCGCUUAUCUACUUCAUCUUCUGCAAGGCCUUCCGGGCUCAGCUGAGCCUGGGGAGGAUGUUCAGCACCACACAUGCCACGACGCAUGCGGAAAACCUCGGGAGGAAGAGCAGCAACGGGCGAAUCAGCAGUGUCAAAAUAAACAGGAAGACAUCACUCAGCGUGAUGACGAAGGACAACAAUGUGCUGUAGCUUACAACGAAAAGACCCAUGACUUGUGCUGUUAAGUCACAACUGACAAAAACACUGUUUCCUGGUCCAGCUUUUCAAGAUGCUGCAGUGCUGUGUCCCGUGUUGUGUGAACAGAUCUGAGUCCAAAAAAGUUUGACACCAGCAGGUGCGAACGUGCAACAAGCAAAAAGCAGCGAAACAACAACUGAAACACGAUGGCAUGGCCUCAUAGCAAGAAACACCCUGUAAAACCCAUAGCUUAUAUCGGGGUACCUGCUUUCACCAGCUAAUGUUAGCACCUGCUGGUGUUAAACGUUUUCUUUAUUCAUUUAAAAAUUCUAACUUGUGCACUGCAGCAUCUUGAAAACAGGAGAGCCAUGGCGAAGUUGGACCCAGACACAGUAUUUUCAUCGACAUUACGACUUAAAUGGACUGAAAUCACCAGGCAGAGAAAAGACGCAAGACUUCUUGGAUUUUUACUCUUUUGUAGUUCUUUUGUAGUCCCAUGUGGCACUUGGGGAUUGUUUUUUUGGUUUCUGAAAGUUCAGAGGACCUAAUUUCUCAGAACUCAUGCAAAGCAACAGCAGGAAACUAAAUUUGAGUCCUGCACACAAAUCACUCCACUGCACCCACUCAUUAAUACUGAGGCACCAUCAAAGGAAUGAACUUCAAGAAGGGGAGAAUUUUUUUAUCUUGUACUAAAACAAUCAACGUUUUUAGAUAUUUAACAUGAAAUUCAACAAAAACAAAGCUUAAUUUUGACCUGAGAGUUUCAGUAGUUGCAUUUGAAAGGAAUUAAAAUUAAAUACUGCAGAUUUAAAUAUCUGACUGUUCUAAAAAUGCAGAAAUAAAUAUUGUAUGAACCCACUGUAGAACCAGAACGAUUAACAAACAGUACUGGUCACAAACAGCCGCUAACGCCCUGUUUGCUUUGAAUUACUUAAUUUGAGGCUGAAAAAGUAGUUUCUUCUUUCUGUAGUUGAAAGCUCCAGAUCAGUUGCAUCUGUUUAUUGUGAAGUCAAAAUUUGUGCAUCAGUGCAGCAAGGUGAGACGUUCAGGGUGUGCUGUGUUCAAAGAUAAGGGCAUUAUUUCUGAUCUAAUGAGUUAUAUGUAGCUUAAUAUUAAUGUCCUGCCAGUACAUUAAUUUAUUUAAUAAUUUAAAGUAAAAUUGUUUAUGCAUUUAGGCCACAGAUGCUGUACAUGUUACAUCAGAAUACUGGAUAUUAUUUUUAUUAUUACUAUUAUUGUUUUUGUUGUCAGUAGUAGUACUACUAUUUAAGUAUUAUCUCUGAGGGGAGUUUGGUGACAUAUGUGAGCAAAGUGGACUUUCCUGACUGAAGGGAAGUGACACUUCCUCUUCUCUACACCUCCAUCUGGCAGUUCUCACAUCAGGUUUAAUGUUGUUGUAGCAGUUAAUAAUAAUAUAAAUGGUGGGGAAGCUUUAGAUUUAGUUGUAUUACUGUAUUUAGCACAGGCAGUCAACUUGUAAUAAAUGUAAAUAUUGUUACAGACACAAACAAACACUUCAAUCUUUAUUUUUCAGGAUGUUUUUCUGAACAGUUCUUCCUACAGCGAUGUAGAUUAUUAUAUAUAUAUGUGCCCGGUAACAUGCAUGUUAGCUGUAAACACAUGAAGAGCGACCACUAACUCUUGCAAUAACAUGCAGCGUGUGAUUACUGCUUUAAAAUGAACCUCGCUGCUUAAAUAAACAAAAGCAGAACAGGACAAAUUCAGCUAACCUCAGGUAACAGGAAACGGUUCACUCCUUGUAUGUAGACACAACAACAUGUUGGCUUGGUUUGUAUGUUAAUUUUUUUCAAAUGUUGAAUUUUCUUUCUCAUUUCUGCUCAGUUUCAACAGCAGUGGAUGUGCUUUUGCAGGCAGUUCUUGGUAAAUAAUGUCAAAGCAGCCUCAGUUCUUACACAACUUUUGGUCAAUUUUGUGUGUUUGCAUUUUUAUUGCAAAUGCAAAGCACGUCUUUGUGGUUUUGAGGAUCACAUUCAGACCUCUCCAGAACUGUGUGCACUUUAUACACACAGAUUCCUUCAUUAGUCAUUAAAAACAUUCAAAACAACAGUGAGAUUUAACCCUAACAAGUCUACAGAUUCAUUAAAGAGAUUGAUGGAUGAAUGCUCCAUGUUUCUGCCUUUAAAUAAAAAUCCACCUCAGAAACAAACUGACUUUCACGGAAAUGAUCUGAUAAAGAUGGAGAGAGCUGAACUUACGUCUUAUCUCAGCGUCUCUAAACCAUGUGUCACCGCACAUUUCCACACCUUCACAACUGCAACAAGAAGUUUAUCUUUCUUAAGAAUCAGAAUUUUACAGAGAUGUUACUGUAACUGGUGUCAUAUUUAUCCUAUAAACAAAGAGGUGGUUAAAAGUGACCCGAAGCCAAAUGAAGAAGUUCUAAUCAUUAAUAUUAAUAAAAACAAGCAAGAUGACUGGAUUUUCAGAAGAGGCUUCAGCUGUACGCCAUGUUUAGUGUUAAUUAGCAAAUAUUAUCAUGCUAACAUGCUAAACUAAGAUGGUGACCAUGGUAAACAAACAAACAUCUGGUGCACCAACCAACAUAUUCUCGU